AUGGAUGAAAAUGCUCAAGCUGACCCUAAUCUAGCAAUUCAAACUGGAGAUACUUCUGCGCAACAGAUAAUUUCUUCAACUCCUGUUGAAGCUGCUUCUGGAUCUGCUACUGAUCUUGUGGCUACUUUUGGGAUUGAGAAGUUGUCUACUUCUGCUUCUGAAGAUGUGAUCAUGAAAACUCUAGAUGAAAUCAAGAAGGAAAAUGAUAUGGUGAGAACUCGUUUGGACAAGCAAGAUGAGAUGUUUAAAGCUUGA